CGGAGAAAUCCAGAAGCUGCCUAGCCGGGAGCUGAGCUGUGGUCGGCUGAGCCCUGGGACAGCCUGCACAGCAGCUCAGGAUGGCUUCAGGCAGGGCUCGCUGCACCCGAAAGCUCCGGAACUGGGUGGUGGAGCAAGUGGAGAGCGGGCAGUUCCCAGGAGUGUGCUGGGACGACGACGCCAAGACCAUGUUCCGGAUUCCCUGGAAGCAUGCGGGCAAGCAGGAUUUCCGGGAGGAUCAGGAUGCAGCCUUCUUCAAGGCCUGGGCGAUAUUUAAGGGAAAGUACAAGGAAGGGGACUCCGAAGGCCCUGCCAUCUGGAAGACUCGUCUGCGCUGUGCCCUCAACAAGAGUACUGAGUUUGAGGAGGUUCCUGAGAAUGGCCACAGGGAUGGGGCCGAGCCCUACAAGGUGUACCGGCUGCUGCCACCAGGCACCCUCCCCGCUCAGCCAGGAAGCCAGAAAUUACCAUCAAAGCGACGCCACAGUUCUGUGACCUGUGAGAAGGAGGAGGACGAGGUUACCACAAAGAACUGCACACUCAGCCCCUCCAUCCUCCAGGACCCCUUCAAAAAUGAGUUGGCAGAGACCAAUGGGGGAGCAGGCCAUUCAGACUUGGGGAGCAGCAGCAGCAGCAACAGCCCUGAGUCUCCGGAAGGUAGGGUUACCACUGAGGCCCCUUUCCAAGGAGAUCAAGUGUCCCUGGAGCAUCUACUCCCUCCAAAUUCAGACUACUCGCUGCUGCUCACCUUCAUCUACGACGGGCAUGUGGUGGGCGAGGCCCAGGUGCAGAGCCUGGACUGUCGCCUUGUGGCCGAGCCGUCUGGCUCCCAGUGCAGCAUAGAGCAGGUGAUCUUUCCCAAACCCGGCCCACGAGAGCCCACCCAGCGCCUACUGAGCCAGCUCAAGAGAGGUGUCCUGGUGGCCAGCAACUCCCGAGGCCUGUUCGUGCAGCGCCUUUGCCCCGUCCCCAUCUCCUGGAACGCGCCCCAGGCUCCCCCUGGUCCAGGCCCGCAUCUGCUGCCCAGCAACGAGUGCGUGGAGCUCUUCAGAACCACCUACUUCUGCAGAGACCUGGCCAGGUACUUCCAGGGCCUGGGCCCCCCACCCAAGUUCCAGGUGACACUGAAUUUCUGGGAGGAGAACACCAGCCCCAGCCACACCCCACAGAGUCCUAUCACAGUGCAGAUGGAGCAGGCCUUCGCCCGGCGCUUACUAGAGGAGGCUCCAGAGGCGCAGGCAGCCACCAUGUCCCUGGUGCAGAGCCUGGGAGACCCAACCUCCUGCUCCCCUCUCUGCUCCUCCUAUCUGCUUUGAAAGAACCUCAUUCUCCACACUGUCGACCUCCUUACCACGUGAUGAUUUUGUCCUUGAACUCCUCAUGGACCCUGAUUGGUGGGGAACUCAAGAUGACUCUUUUAUUUUAUUUUUUGCCUUUUCAGUCCUCUUUCAUCUUGCC